CGCACGGCGAGGCUGCGAGAGCGGCACCCGCCCAGCGCCCGGGGCUGCUGCCCCUCCGGGACGGAGGAGGAGGCGCUGCCUGGGGGGAGGAAGCUGGAUGAAGUCUUGUGCCUCAGGGCCCGUUCGCCAGCCCUUCGGGCAUGAAGGGGACCGUGGGGAUUCUCUGCCCUGCCCUGCAGCCAAGCGGGGACAUCAGGAAGACAGCUGCCUUCAGAUGAUACAGAACUCACUGACAGUUGCUCUUUCUUCAGGCCUACUUCAUGAGAACUUCAGAAGAUACUAAACUGAGCAGAUGGUACGUGAACAAUACACUACAACAACGCCAGGCACUAGCCUAGAGAGGCCGAAGAAUGAAUAUGUCUACAAAAUUGGAAUUUAUGGCUGGAGAAAGCGUUGCCUCUACCUAUUUGUUCUCCUCCUGCUUAUCGUCCUAGUUGUGAAUUUUUCUCUGACAAUCUGGAUUCUUAAAGUGAUGUGGUUUUCCCCAACUGGAAUGGGACACCUGCGUGUUACGAAAGAAGGACUUCGUCUGGAAGGGGAAUCAGAAUUCUUGUUCCCCCUUUAUGCCAAAGAAAUCCAUUCUCGAGUGGACUCAUCACUGCUUCUCCAGUCAACUCACAAUGUGACUGUCAAUGCUCGCAAUUCCAAUGGGGAAGUCACAGGCAGAUUAAACGUGGGUCCUAAAAUGGUGGAGUUCCAUGGUCAGCAAUUCCAGAUCAACUCAAAGGAUGGCAAACCCCUUUUUACAGUGGAUGAAAAUGAGGUUGUUAUUGGCACAGAUAAACUUCGAGUCACAGGGCCUGAAGGAGCACUUUUUGAACACUCUGUAGAAACACCACUUGUGAAGGCAGAAGCUUUUAAACAGCUUAGGCUGGAAUCACCAACUCGAUCUUUGAGCAUGGAUGCACCAAGAGGAAUUAAUAUCAAAGCACAAGCUGGGAAUAUUGAAGCUCUUUCCCAGAUGGAUAUCAAACUACACAGCAGUGAUGGUGUGCUUUUGCUUGAUGCUGAAACUGUACGACUGCCCAAAUUGCCUGAGGGUACGAGGGGUGGAUCCGGGAUUUCUCAGGGGCUUUAUGAAAUCUGCGUCUGUCCGGAUGGAAAGCUCUACUUGUCAGUGGCCGGUGUGGGCUCCACUUGCCAAGAAUACAGCCGUGUCUGCCAGUGAGGCACCAGAAAAGGCCACACACCUCCUUGCUAGUCUAGUCUUUAUAUUAUUGCUAAAGGGAAAGCAGAAUUUUCAGCAUUUUAAAAACAAAGUACUUCAUUUUAGGAAGCAAAUCUGUAUCUACAAUUUUGGACUACAGGGUGAAAGGGAAAGAAGAGCACAAGUGACAUUUCAACUUCAGAAGAAUGACUUGAAUCAAAUUAAAAGUUCUGUCAGUGACACUUUCAAAACAGCCUUACAGAGAGCAUUAAAAAAAUGUUAAAAGGAAUAUGUUCCCUUGCUGAACUACCAUUCAGUCAGAUGAUUAUGUCAUUGUUCAUAUUUUUGAACUCCAUAUUUUUUUUCUCUCACUACACUUGCUUCAUUAGUGGGUGAAAUUAAAUUGAGGGAACUACUUGAACAAGGCAAAGCAUUAUUUGGGAGAUUUAGAAAGUGCCAGAAAAUGGUCUAUGCAAUUUUGUUCUUGCAAUAACAGAAGAUAUGAAAAAUGUGAUAUUUGUACAAGUUCUGUGUAAAAGGCAUUAAUUUGCUAAUAGCAUUCUGGUUUAAUUUGGCAUCAUAAUAUGCUGAUUUGCUAAUUACUCAGAUUAAUUUAAAAGUAACUAAGGCAAAAAGCACCAGGAGUCAUUUAUACCUCCCUGUGACUCAGAACUGUUCACUAUACAACAGAGAAAUAUGUUAUAUAUUUUAUAAUAGCAAUAGUUUGUUGUACUGUCUGUUUCAUUGUACUCAUUUAACCCCUUUUAUAUUUUAGGACAUGUUAAUUCAACAAGCAAUUUGCUCUGCCAGCUGGCCUAGUAAAAAAAAAAAUAAUCCUUUAUGUGGCUCCAGAUUGUCUGACACAAGGAACUGUUUCAACAGUGGGGAAAAAAAUCCUUUUUUGCAGCCCACAUGAAUCAAUUAAAAGGACUGUUUUGUUUCCAUCUGCAGCUGUUGACUGGUAUUUCUGAACCUGUCAGUGGAACUCCAUCACAAAAUGAGAAAGUAAAACUACCCAUAAUUAUUUUUUACAUUAGAACUUUGGAUACAAAGUAAAUGCUCACCAGAGUUGACAAACCAUUUAUUUACCUUGUAGGGAAACACAGUGACAGACUCAGACAGACUCAUUCUCCUGUACAGUGUGGCACUGAACACAAAUAAUAAAUAGCACACCUCUGGGUAGCAGAAUUUGUAUUUACUAGUCUGUUGUUUAAACCUCAUGGGUUUGUAACUGCUUUGAUGCUGUUUUGUAUAUACUAGAUAUUAUUACCCCAGUUGGAGAGCUGCUAUCACAUAGUGCCUUGCUGUCUAUUUAGAGAAAGAUUCUAACACAUGAUCAUUAUUAUACCAUAGAGUAUCCAUCCUUCAGAGAAAAGAACCAUCAACCAUUAAUCAGGAGAAUAAAAGUAAAAAAAAAAAAUAAUAAUUUUUAAAAAGUAAUAGCUAAGACUAUGCCAUUUUUUAAAACUUGCUUCAGUUCUGGAUAAGCAAAGAAACCCCCCACUCAAUUAUGAUCCCAGAUACCUACAAAAGGCAGAGUGGAGAAAGAGCCCCCAGUUAAGUGCUGAGACUGUGGUAAAGCCCUGGGUAGUCCCUGCCUCUAGGGCUGCCUUUGUAAUUUAUCCAAGAGUCUAAUGAACAAUACUUUAAUUGCCCUUCAUUAGCAGGGUGGGGCCCUCAGCAAUUAAUGCAAGCUAGAAGAGCUUCAGCAGGAAAAGUAGGAGAGGUGCUUAAGCUGAGCUUCAGGCAAAUCAAGCAAGCAAAUCGAGGUCACUCAUGUUCUCUGGAGACAGCUAUGAUUGCAAAUGCAUUGCCUAAGAGAAGUAGGAAGCCACACAGCUUCUAUUUCUGAAAUUCCCUUUUCCUGGGCUUAGACAUCUACCUACAGCAAUGAGUCCAGGGCUCUUGGCCCUAAAAAGAGGAAUAUAAAUCUCUACUCUGCAACUGUAUCUCUGAAGUGUCUCUCUCAGCUCUCUCUCUCUACUACAAAGAAGCCUGCAGCUGAGGGCUUUAACAGAAACCUGUCUUCAGCAUUCCUUUAAAGUCAGUUUAGAUGAUUCCAAGGUUUGGAAGCCAGAUUGUGAGCAGACUCAUCUUAUUCACAGGAUAGAAAGCAUUUGCUUUAAAAUAAAGAACAGCAAGUUCCAUUUCAUGUGUCACACACCUAAAAACUGCUGCUACAAGUGACCUGGAGGGCUGUAAUGUCUACGGUCACUUACAGGUGUUGUACAACUGCAAAACUAGGACUUCAAGUCCUUAGAGAAUUCAGCAGCUUUCUAAUUUAAAAGGCAUUUGAGUUUUCAUCAGACCUAUGUUUCUGACAUGAAGGAACAUGUGCCCACUUCCCUGCAGUGCCAAAGUAUUCGGUCACCUAAUCUAAUCUCUACAAUUAUCCAGCUGCUGUAAAUAAGCACAUUAGUUACAAUCUGCCUAUUCUGCUGGCAGUGGAAAUAUGGCAUUUUAGCUUGUGCAUUUUAAGAUGUUGUUUUGGAGACCUGUUUUCCAAUGGGAUUUACUGGUUCAUACAGAGCAAGAGAUUGAAUCCAGUAGGAGUAACCUACUUGGAAGCCAAUUCUGUUGCAGCUUCUUGCAUAGAAGUUGCUCCAUUUUAGUUAACAUUUUUACAACGCUGUGGUAUAUACAGCUAACAAAAUCAGGGUGCAGUUCCCUGGCCAGUAACACUAGGAAGCAUUAUGGCACCUCAGUUAGACAUUGCCAUAACUAUUGCCUCUCUUGGGGAGAUGAACCUUUUGGAUUUGCCUCAGUUCACAGGCGGAUUUUGAGUAGUAGAGAAAAUUAAACAGAUCUGGCAUAUCCCCAGUUCUGCCAUCAUCCAAAUCACUAGGUUGUCCCUCUUCGUGCUUUAAACUUUGUUGUUUUCAGUAUGCUGAAAUCGACAUUGGAAAUAUAGUUGCAUUAUAGAAGUUGUACAGGCUUUUUAAAGCAUGGAUAGUGACUGCUGUCACUGAAGAACAUUUUUGGGAUUAUUUUUUUUUAGCUGAAUUUAGUGAAGCAACACAUUUUAUGCUAAAGUUACCAUAGUGUAAUCCACUGAUGCUACAAUCUGAACUGUUGUUAAACUCAGUAUAGUUUAUACAUCACUAAAUUCUAAUUUCUGAUAUCUACGUAUAAAUGUCUUUCCAUCUCUCCUCAAUACUUCAAAAUUAUUGUCUCUACUUGAAUCAAAUUUCAGAAAAUAGUUCCAGAUUAACAAAAAACUACAGCACGGGAAAUGAGAGUACAUACUUCAGUUUAUUUUCAAAAACGUUAUCCCAAUGGAGACAAAAAAACCACUACGCAGCAUAGUGAACUGUAUUGUUUGCAUAUUUUUUUCCCUCAAAAUUAAUUAUUUAUUGCAGUUCCUGUCACUGGUUGGGAUUGUUACACAGUGGAAAAGUAAAAAUAUCAAAUGGUAGUAAAACUUUAUUGGUGACUGCCCAAACACAACCCUCUUUGUUUCCAUUUCAUAGUCCUUUAGUACUGGUAUUUGUCUCCCUUUCUAUAGCUUUAUGCAAAAGGAAAUUGCAAGAAUUUACUGAAAACUGAAUUUUGAAUAAACUUUAUACAUUUUUAAAA